GGUAUUUGAAGAUGGGGAUGUGUACGCCACUCGCGUUGUGAAAUGACGAAUGUACCCUCUCCCUUCGACCCAGCCUCGGCACCGAUGAUGGCAUUCCUGUUAUUUUCUGUCUCUCUCAGGGACAGUUGCUCAUGCCGGCAUGGAGUCUAACAGGAUGCGCGAGAGGCCGUGUCGUCCUCAAAAGGCUACCACCGCCGCGUUCGAUCGCUCCCCCCGCCCCCCCCUUCGGCUGCUUCGUUGCCAAGACAGAGUGCAUUAGGAGGGCAAAAAGGAGGACGAGAGAGAGAGAGAGAGAUUGGAAUCAUUGCUCAGUCUGGUUCUUGUAGAUCGGUACACGAUGUCUCGCGAUCCCAAUCCGUUCGACGAAAUGGACGUGAACCCGUUCGCGACUUCAGCUGCUUCUGGAUCUAAUUCUCGCCUUCCUACACUGGCAUCAAAAGCCUUUGGAUUUGGUAACAAGAAUGACGCGACAGUGGACAUACCAUUGGACACAGAUGCAAAGAAAAGGGAGAAGGAACUCGCCACAUGGGAAGAGAACCUGAAAAGGAGGGAAAUGGACAUUAAACGAAGGGAGGAUGCAUUGACAAGAGCUGGUGUCACUAUUGAGGAAAAGAACUGGCCACCGUUUUUUCCUAUCAUUCAUCAUGAUAUAGCCAAGGAAAUUCCAGUGCAUGCUCAGAGGUUGCAAUACUUGGCAUUUGCUAGUUGGUUAGGAAUUCUCCUCUGUCUUUCAUGGAAUGUUAUUGCUGUGAUUGUUUGCUGGAUUAAAGGGGGAGGUGUGAAGAUCUUUUUCCUUGCAAUUAUCUAUGCUUUGCUUGGAUGUCCUCUUUCAUAUGUGCUUUGGUACAGACCUUUGUACCGUGCAAUGAGGACUGAUAGUGCACUUAAGUUUGGGUGGUUUUUCCUAUUCUACCUGAUCCAUGUUGGUUUUUGUAUCCUUGCUGCCAUUGCUCCUCCGAUUGUGUUCCAUGGGAAGUCAUUAACGGGAAUCCUUGCAGCAAUUGAUACCUUUUCAGAUCAUGCAUUGGUUGGGAUCUUCUACCUGGUUGGCUUUGGUUUGUUUUGCUUAGAGACACUAAUAAGCUUGUGGGUACUUCAGAGAGUUUAUAUGUACUUCAGAGGGCACGAGUGACGAUGCAAGGUUAGCCACUUUCCAGUGCGAAAGUUCCGGACAACCAAUAUGAUACAUGGACAGAGAAAUCUCUUCGACUCUUUUCCAUUACGGCGUAUUAUUAGGUGGUGUAUAAUAAUAUAUAUUGUGGAAUUUAUUGUUCUAGUUUUCACAGUUUCUUUCCUCUUGGGAGCCCAUCUUUCAUCCUACUUGAUAUUUUUCAGUAUUUUGUAUUAUUCAUGAUGUUAGUCUGUUAAAUAUGUUACAUCAUGUUGUUUCUGGGUCACCAACAUUUCGUAGUGCGUUUUUGUUGAAGUGAGAAACAGGUAUUGCCUUAUUGUUCCUA